AUGAAUUCUUCAAGAAACGACACUCAAGACUCUAAGAGAGCGACUAUACAUUAUAGUAACAGAGAGCUGUUACAACUAGAAAAUGAUAUAAAAUAAACUUACCGAUUUCGAGAGCCAACUAAAGAAAAACUCAAGUAUUGUCCAAGUACUUGAGCAGAAAAUAGCUAAGAUGCUUAAGAAGCAAGCAGAAUUAGACAUGGUGACUCAAGACCUGACUAUUUACAAAGACCAGAAGCAUGAGGAAUUUUAUAAGCGAAUGAGAGAUAAGACUGAUAUUACAGAGACCACUAGGCUGAAGAACAGCGUCUCUCAUAGAUUCCAGGAGCUCCAGUUCCAGAUAGAUACCACCAAUGCUGAGAUUUAUAAGAUAUAUAAAUCAAAUUAUGUGAAUAAAGAACAGCUGGAUAAGUUUAGCAAUAAUUUUGUGAAGAAGGAAGAAUAUGAAUUUUUGAUAGAGGAAAUCAACAGAAUCGAUGAAACUUUAAAAAAUUUGGAGGAUGAGUUUACCGAUGAUCAAAGUGAAUUCUCAGCAGCAGAAGAAACAGAUUCAAAUGUCAAAUAAGACAAUUAAAAACUCAGAAGCUAGCAUAGCACUAGAAAUUAAAGACAAAGUAAACGAUAUAACUCCCACUUACGGAUCCAAAAAGUAUUCAUCUAAAGACAGCUCAGCUGAAGAAAAUCCUCCCCGAAAGCCAGCACCAAAGAAGAUUCCUCGGAGGAAGAAGCCCCCAGUAAUAACUCUGAAUGAAGCUAAGGACCAGAAGUCAGAGUCUAUUGGAAACCCCAUCUCGCCUGCUGCCUCUGACAAACCUGAGCUAAAUCCUUUCUAUCAGGCUAAGUUUCAGAAUAAGAACGGGUUUAGCUCCCUUAAAAACAACAUUGUUGAUAAAUAGCAUGCAGUCUUUCUCUGAUUUGAAUUAUUUCAUGCAAAAUGAAGAGAGAAAAGAUGAGAUUGGAGCUCUUAGUGAAGACAAAGAAUCUCCUGAUAAGUCUUUACAGUCACAUAUAAGUAACGAUUUUGAUAGGAUAAAAGGAGCACGGAGCCAGAUCAAAAGACUUGAAUCUAAAAGCUCAAACAAGAUAUCAAUUCAAAGACUUAACACAAAGAUCUCAAACAUCACUUCUAGGCGUAGGGCGAAUGCCAAGAAGGUCGAUAGCUUAGUAUCUCAAUACGAUGCGUUAGAGACAAACUUGAAGACAGUUCUAGACGCUACUUGGGACCUUAAGAGUACUCAAAAGAAGCAUGCUGAGGCACUGAAGACUAUCUCAGACCAGAUCACUAAUCUCUCUAGUGAGACUGCCAACCUGGCCUUGAUGAACAACAAGGUGUCUGAAGCAGUAGAGAAGGUUGCUUCUAAGAUGCCUAAGACAGACGGUCAAAUAAAGUCCUUGGUGAGGAAUUCUGAGUUGAAGAAUAAGGAGAUACAAAAUGAAAUAAGGGAGCUUGAGGGAGCCAAAAGUAGGAUUAUUCAGACAGAGGUAGAUCUUAGGCAAAUAAGCAAUAAGAUAGCCCUUAUGAAUAAGAGAAAGGUUCCAGACUGAAAUUGUGAGGCAAUGAUGAAGCCUUGGAUGGGAGAGGUUGAAAAACGUAUUCUGAGGGUUGUUAAAGAUGUUAAGGAAUGGAGCAGACACAAUGUUGAUUUUAAACAGGUUUUCAAAGAAGUAGGCCAAGUAGAUCAGAGAGUCCAGAUGGAAGUAGAGCAAAUUUAAAAGUGUCAACGAAGGUGUCCUCAGAGAAGUCAGAAGAAUUGAAAGAAACAUCACCAAAGACAGAGCUAUUUCAUUCUCCCCUUUCUCUGAGAAAGAUAAGUUAUUUAUGUCCUCACCUAGCGAAUUCCGGCCAGGUACUAAUUAUACUUCCAAAAGGGUGAAAUCUCCGAUUUCUAAAACUAAAAUUACAAGUGAUAAUCAAACAGUGCAUUUUAAUCAUCAUAAUACCUCUAACUAUGUACACAAGGGUGCUAAAAAGCCUGAUAAAAUAGCUGUUCGGACCUUAAAAUCAGUGAAACUCAAGAAGAGAUACAAGCAGAUGUAUGAGAGGAUAAGAUCCCCUCAAGUGACUGGACACAAGCCACUUGAUUUGAGAGAGAUUAAGAAGUACAUUCACGAUUAAAGACUCUUCGUUGGGGAUACCCUUUAGUCAGAUAGAUGGUAAUUUAGGAACCUCUUGACUGCAUUUAGGUAUUCAAACUAGAUAUAAAUUUUUC